AUGAAUAUCUCCCCAAUAAAGUACGAAUCGAAAAUCCUGAACAACCUGGCCAGCAUGCUAAAGCUUAGCGAAAAAACAGACAAAGAAAUAUGGAACGAAAUAAAGGAAGAAAAGGAACAUAUCCAGUUCGAGAUUGAUGAAGACAUAAAGAAGGUCAUCGAUGUGAACAAAAUUAACUGUACCUGUGAAGAAUCAAAAAAAAAAAUCGAAGAAUAUAAAGGGAAGAAGUUUGAAUAUUAUUACAAUGUGGAAACAUAUGGAGUGGAUUUUUUCCUAGACAUAUGCAAUGCUCUAGGUAGGUCUAACUACAAGCCAUUCCUAUCAGAGGAAGGGAAAAAAGAAGUUAUGAAUGGAUUAAGAAUUAGAAGAAAUUCGAAUUUGUAUAGGUAUGUCUCCUUUUUUUUAAGUAAAGAAAGACUAAAUAAGGAAAGACUAAAUGAUGGAAAAACACCGGAACAGAUAUUCCACUGUUUUAGGUGCCUAAAGAGUGUACUACACAUAUAUGUGGAUGAUCAAAAUAAUCGGAAGAGGAAAAUGUAUCUACAGGAUAACAUGUAUAUCACAGAAGAAAUGGAAGAGAAAAUGGAAAACGACAUACUUAGGGAGAACCAGAAAAAUAAUAAUGUGAAUCCUCCCAACGUUAGGGACGGAGUAAUAAGCGUCAGCAAAUACAAAGCCAAGUUAGCUUCCAUAACUAGGAAGUCAAAUGAAAAAAUUAUGAAAACUAUUAUGGAGCAUUCGAGGGAUAUGCAGAAGGGAAGAAAUGGCAGAGAAUUCCUUUCCCGUAGUGGCACCCAACAUAUAGGUAAAGACUCCUCCAUUAACGGGGAUAACCACUCCAGUAGUCAUCACGAAAAACUGAACAAAAGUAACUCCUUCGAGGACAACAAGCAUUACAAAACAUCAGGCUUUUUCGAAAAACACGAAUUAAAUCAUUUUAGCGACUCCGUCAAUGAUUUUUCCAAUGACGGAGAAGCAGAAAGUACACACAAAAAUGCGCAUAGUAAAAAAAUGACAAACUUGAAAAAUAGCCCCGUGACAAAUAAUUUAAUACAAAAGAACGCACCGGGGGGAAACUUAUUUCUCACCAAGAACAGGGAAAGAGAACGGCGGAAGGCGCAAACCAGCACGAGAAAAAAACACAGUUCCAGUUCAAGUAAAAAAUCGGGUUCAGUCAAGAAAAAUGACCCAGGUGAUAUGGUCACCUCGGUCGAUAUGGGAGUGGACGGGGUGGCCCUGCCGGGGGGUGAUCCCAACGGGGGCAGUAAACCCGAUGUGGAUGGUGCCCAAUGUGACAACGCCCCAACAGAUGAACCUGCAUUCGAAGUGAUGACGCAGCGGAAUGAAUCUCCCCAUGAGUUGAUUCAAAGUGAAGCCGUGCAACACGCCAAAUGGGAUAAAAAGUUAAAUGCAGAAGGGGAACGGGGCAGCUUAUUAACAGAGCACACGAUAAGCCCAGUCGAAACGAAGAUAUCCACCGGGGAAGACGAAGUAAACUCGAAAGAAGUCGUGUCGGAUGAAGCUGACAAGGAGAGUUAUCAAUAUGACGUCUAUCAAAAAACGUCCCUCGUGAAAAAUGCAUCCAACGGGGAAGAGAACUAUGACUUCGACGGAAGCGAUGAUGCGUCCUACUCCACGGAUGAUUCGAAUUAUAAAAGGUACAUGACGAGGAGGAGAACAAAACUGCUGCAGGAAGGAAAAAUAGUCAUCGAUUUGAAUAUUCUAAACGGAAAUGCAAUCAACGCAUGGGAAAAGAAGGAAAAGGAAGAAGAAAUUGAGGAAAAAUACAAAGAGAGAUGUCAAGAAAAGAACCAAGAAAGGAUCAGAAUGGUUACAAUAAGAAAAAACUUAGAAGAGAAAAAAAUGUUUUUAUGCAAAAUAGAAGAGGUAGCAAAAAGGAGAAAUAAAAGACAUGUUAAAACGCAAGUAUUGUCGAAAGACUCAAAAAUUGAGAGAGCUUAUUUUAGUCAUAAAAUGAAAAAAUUCUACAAUUCAAAGUCCGGGUAUUUUGGUUGUGGUUGGUCUAACAACAGAACCCAGUGGACUCCAUUUAUCCAUGCCCCCUUUUUUGAUAACCGCUAUAAUAAUACUAUAUAUAAAAAUAGGAAUAAAAAAAUGUAUGAAGAAAUAUACGACACUUUGUUACAUGGGAGGAUCCACCCGGCUGUUAGAAUUGUCGAAUUGAAGGACCACAAACAUCCUGUGAGAUUGUCCACUCCCCACCAUGAAGAUUGCUAUUCAGUCGUUUACACGGGGGAAAAAAUCCUCGCAUCGGAUGAUCGGGUCAUUUUUGGAGAAUACACUGGUUAUGUGGCGAACAACAGGGAGCUGUCACAGGACAAACACCAGUACAUGUUCGCCCUAUCCUUCAGCAAGAAAGUUUUUAACGAUAGAAAGAAUGUCGUUUUUAUUAAUGAGAUUGAGUCGGACGAGGAGGGUGUGCUGAAAGGGGGCAACUUCCACGGGGGACAUGCUAAUGGCAACAUGACCCAUCGUGAUAGCAGCAACUGUAGCGAAUAUGCAACCAAUCCGAGCAGCGAAGGAACCUAUUUAAAUGAUGAGCAAAAUUUUCAAGAAGCAGCUCAUACGAACGGUGAUAUAAAUGCAAAGCGUAGAGGAAGUCCCACCCCCAAUUUGACUACACAAUGUGAAAAAUCGACCCAGAGUUACACCAAAGAGAUGAAGAAAUCUAAGGGGAUGAAUAAUAAGAUUAUCCUGCCAGAUAAUUACACAUACGCUGUUGACUCAUCCUACAUGUUCAACGAAAUGUCACUAGUUAAUCAUUACAAAACAUGUGCCAUUUUUAACAAUUACGAUUUUAGGAUAAAUGCGGAGUGGCAAUUGGUUUACCUUGAUGGCUGGCCACACAUUAUUCUUACCUCCAUCCCAGGAGUAGAAAUAAAUACAGGGGAAGAACUUUUCGCGGACUUUGGCUUUGAAUGGUUCGAAAGGGUUAACGAUAUCUGUCUGAAUGAUUUUAUUAAAAAUAGCUAUGCAUACAGAUUAAGCAAGUUAAAUCUUUGUAUAGAAAAAAAAUUCAAUGGAAUAGAUGACAUAGUGGAGGAGUACAACUUGAUGAAAAAUCACACCACGUGCAAUAUAUGCAUGCACAGCGUCAACACAGAUAGUAGUAACGGCUUUAUUACCUGUUCCGGUUGUAACCAUAUCUAUCACCUAACAUGUGUGCAAAAAUUAAAUGCAGAAGUGAACGAGAAUUACGAUUGGUUCUGCGCAAGUUGUGUCAAAUUCUGCAUCAAUGUGCUGAACCAGGAAGAAUUCUUAUCCUAUCUAGAAAUGGAAAACCACAAACAAUUGGUCGACCAUUUUGGUGAUAUGUGUGUGGAAAAUUCUAGCAAGUUAUCCAGGUUGUUAUCCCCACAGGUAGACGAUACCCCCUUAUGUCACACCGACGGGAAGGACACAACAGAAGUCACUACCUAUCCUAACUGUACUAAACAGUAUGACAAGAUACGGAAAUUACUACGUUGUAGGGAAAAUAUUAUCGACCUGGUGAAGAAUAAAGAGGUAAUUAACUCCUACUUAGAGAACACCGAAAAGGAAAUGAACUAUCUAGAUAACGCUCAAAAGGGGGAAGAUUUAUCCUUUAAGAAAGACGAAAUGAAGUGUCUGCUGCAAAACAGCUUUGAACUCCACCUUCUUGUUGAGUAUAAAAAAAAAAUCGAUGAUUUACUCGUAAGCAGGGAAAAGGUAGACACAUUCUUCAAUGACGAAAAGGCCAAAAAGACCAUGCAGUUGAGAAAACGAACCAUAAACUACCUGCUAGAAAAUAGGAAAUGUAUAGAAAAGCUGGUCGACUCGAUGGAACGAGGUAUUCCCAUUGUGUUUGCACACAAGGAGGAGGUCCACCCUUCGGAAGAGGACACUACAUUGAGGGGGCUGAAGGAGGAAUUCCAGCAGGAGCAUAACCUCGCAAUGGUGAAAUAUGACCCAUGUUUUAGUAGGGAGAAAAGUCCCGAUUCAGGCACUAACGAACACACGAAUGGGAGCAUUUCCAACUCGUACGAAAAGAUUUUGUAUAACAAGUCGAACGAUGUCAUGAAUAAUUUAAGAGAAAUAAGAAAUGGUACCCCCUUUCGCGGUAUAAAAAGCGAUGCACUAAACUGUCCCACAUCCAGCAGCAGUAACACGGGUAGCAGCAAAAAUCUCUGCUUCAAUAAUAUGAUGAAGUUGAGCAAAAAGAUCUUAGGAUUCCCUUUGUUAACAGAUUUCGAAAAAGGAAUGAACACCAACCAGCCGUGUCUUCCCCUGAGCGAUCACCUAAAAAGGCUCUCUGUGUGCACCGUUUGUUAUAGCAAGCAUAAUGACUUGGCUAAGGCCAUUAUAUGUAGAGUUACCAAGAUGCAUUUUGAGCCUAACUACAAUGACGGGUUGAGUGAAGAAGACAUGUUUAAGACGUCCAGCGAAUGCAUCCAGUCAAUCAUUCGCGAAUUGGCCAACACGAUAAAGGAAUACCGAAAGAGGGAGCUGGGCGGGGCCUACGUACAGGAGGUGGAGCUCAGCGGGAAUAGCAACUUUGGAAGCUGCAGCAUCGGCAGUUGUAGCAGUCCUGGCGAGAUCAACACUAACAGCGUGGGAGCUCCAUUAGCUAACCACCAUAACGAUAUCCACGCAGAAGCUCAUUCACCCAGUUCCGUCCCUAGUAGGACAGAAAUAGUGGAACCAGUCAGUUCCAGCAUAAAACUUCUACCGCAGAAAGCAUUUUAUGAGAUGAUGAGCGACCCUCCAUGUAUUGACAGGCGCCAAGGGGAUACAAACAACCCCCUUCAGAAUAAUACGCCUCCCUUGUUAUUGGAAAGCAGCAUGAGUUAUACGGACGAUUAUACGUGUACGAGGGGGAAGAUGAAUUCCAUGCAGGGUAAACGUCCUCAUGAAGAAGAUGACAAAGGUAGCAAAAAGAAGAAAUCGAAACUUUGUAGGAAGCAGUCUAACAACGUGAUCGGUGAAGAAAAUGAAGAUUCCUUUAAAGGGGGAACGGAUAAAUGGGAAAAUACGGACAAAAGGAAAACACAUCAAAGGGGAAGAUACGGUGGUAGUUACACAGAUCAGAACCCACGCAGUGAUCCUUGUGUUAACCGGCAUGCCGAGCAGUACGCGCACCGCAGCAAAGGUGAGAACCAGAAGGGGGAUAAAAAUCAAAUAUAUUUUGCAGGCGAAAAUUUGGACGAUACGAAGGAGGCGUCGAAUGACCAAAAGGGGAAGUAUGUCACUUCGGAAAAUAUUUCCAAAGCUAGUAAUUUCAUUCCUCUCAUGGGAGUUCAGCUUGGGAAAACAAAAAUUCAGAGGGAAUUUACAAAUGGAACAUAUGUAGGGACAGUUAUGGAGCAAAUAAAGGACCAAAAUGGCAGUCCAUUUUUCGUUGUUACGUAUGAUGAUGGGGAUACAGAAUGGAUGACGCCGUGCUUCCUAUUUCAAGAAUUGCUAAAGCAGUCAACAAACAGUGUGGAAUAUCCCUUAGCGACCACGUUUAAGGAGGUAUUCAACCCUGAAUUUAAAAAGGACUUAAAAUUAAACAAUUGUUCCUUCGAAUUAAAAAUUGAAAGACGAAAGAGGAAAAGCAAUUGUGAAAGUGCUAGCAACAAUAACAGUGUCAGCAAAAGACAGAAACAUGCACAGGAGGAAAAUUCCACAAAGAAGAAGAAGCAACAAUUUUGA